AUGAGCGAUAACGAUCCAUGCGAAUGUUUUUGGAAUCAUGAGCUUUCUAUGCAACGACUGCUGUCACUGCUACGUCAGUCACAGUCGGCAUGCACAGAUAUUGAUUGCUUGGAACCAGUGCAAAGAUUGGAUGGACCAUUGGCAUCAAAUAGUGAAGAUACUAAUUUCAUCUUAUUAACCGGAAUUUGGGUUGUUGUUGCUUUGGCUUUGUACUUUAUGCGUCCUAAUCCGGCUCGUGCACAAGAGGAAACUAUAAAAAAAUUACCAUUUGGUGGAUCUGACAAUAGUGGAUCAGAUGAUCCACCAUCGCCACCUCCUCCAUCAACAGGAGCCCAGUGA